ACGUUCAAAGUGUAACCACAGCCAAACCAUGACCACCCUUUUCGACGCCAUCGACCCGCGCGCCUUCCGCUCGUACGUGUUCUGGUCCGCGGUUCUCGUGUUCAAGAUGCUCAUGAUGUCCUACCUGACCGGGCGCAAGCGCUUCGGCCGGAAGGUGUUCGCCAACCCGGAGGACGCCGCCAUGACCGGCGCCAGGGAGGUGCGCACGGAUCCGGAGGUGGAGCGGGUACGCCGCGCCCAUCAGAACGACGUCGAGAACAUCCCGCUGUUUGUGGCGAUCGGAUUCCUGUACCUGCUGACCGGGCCCGACGUAACGCUGGCCGUGACUCUGUUCCGGCUCGUCGGAAUCGCCCGGAUUGUUCACACCUUGGUGUACGCCGUGGUGGUGGUGCGCCAACCGGCGCGGAUGGUCGCCUGGUUCCUGGCGUACAUCCCGACAAUCUACAUGACCCUGGCUACCGUGGUUAAAGGUUAA